ACCAAGCCGCGUCAGUUCUUUAAAAUAUUAAUAUGAAUAAUUAUUCAUAUUGACUAAAUGUCCCGUAAUCAAAUUCUGUUUUAAUUACGUUGAUCAUAAUAUGCGUUACAAGAUUAUUUUUAAAAUAUGAGUAAUUUUAGUGCUGUGAAGUGGUAACCCCGUUGCGUUUGACAGAUCGCACACGCAGUGCAGUGGUGCCGAAUGUGAACGUGUGUUGUGUAUUCGAAUUAUUUAAUGUUACUGUGAAUAACAAGAACUAAAACAAAAUGGCGACUACAAUAGAGGCGUCGCAGAGCCUCAUCCAAUCUGAGUCCAGGGUGACGCACAGUUACCAAGAAGUCCAUGUCUCCGAGAGCCGACAAGUCAAGAAGAAGAAGUCCAGCAGGCGGCAUAAGGAUGAGGGAUCUAUAUCUGUGUCAAAAAGCUCUGAAAAGCUAUUCAAAAAGAUGAAGGCCUCUGAAGAAAAUCCCACUUGUGCCAAAUGCUCCAGGCCAGUGUACGCCAUGGAGAGGAUUAAAGCUGAAAAGAGAGCUUGGCACAAGGAAUGCUUCCGAUGCGUUCAGUGCAAUAAGCAACUUACAAUGGAGACGUAUCAAAGCGACCAUACAACAUUGUACUGCAAACCGCACUUCAAGCAACUGUUUGAACCGAAGCCGGUCGAUGAUGAAGAUGAAACUGACGCUGCCCCAAGAAAACAUCAAAUGAUAAUCUGCGAGAGCAACCCAGUGGAACUUCCACCUGACGUUGUGCGUGCGUCAGACAAACCAGACUUGGGUCUAGAAGAGCUGGCAUCCCUGGACGUGAAGUCUCGUUUCGAGGUGUUCGAGAAGAAAGCACAGCCUGAAGAAAAGCCUACUCUGGAAAAACACCAUCGCGAGAAAAGUUCCACUCUAUUGUCUAAAUUGGCCAAGUUUAAAGCAAAGGGAAUGGACAUUGGUGUGUCUGAUGAGUACCUUAAUGGCGUGGAACCUGAGGAUAGCUCCAGCGAAAGAGGAGAAGAGGACGAUGAAGACUCAGUCCUCAAAAACUCGUACAAGCAUAGUGGAAGUCGCGAACAACCUGUCUCGUUUUGUAAUAUGAGUGAAAUAGUGGGUCGCUUCGAGAGUGGACAGCACACCAACUCCGAAAGACAUAGAGAGCGGAAACAGGAAAUACAAAAUAUUCGGAGCAGGCUGUUUAUGGGAAAACAAGCAAAAAUAAAGGAAAUGUAUGAACAAUCCGUGAUGCAGAGUGAACAAGGUGUAACAUCAUCGGAAAAAAUCUCCAAAGAACUGGAGUUGGAUGCUGAAAAAUCUCGUGCAAUCAAAGAGCGCUUUGAGAAUGGUGAAGUGUACAAUGAUGAGAACCAGGCGCCUAAAAAUCGGGAAUUCGAAGAUCGGGCCGUUUUUAAUGAAGGAAUCGCAAAGAAAUCAAGAUCUAUAUUUCUAGAGUUAGAUGCGAAUGCCAAAACUAUGCCCCCGUUAUCUCCACCGCCGCAGGAUGUGCCGAAACGAAAGGAAAUUCCAUUCGUACCAAAAGACGUGAUUCGCGCUGCUGAUAAAAUGGAGGACGUGAAGAUUGAGACGUCAGAUAUCUCGGACCGAUUCAAGUUCUUCGAGACUUAUCAGCCUGAGGCUAGGCGUAAGGAGUUCCGUAUGACUCCACCACGGCAGACCCAGCGACCCAAAUCCCCAUCCCCCGAAAUAUACCACGAGCCAAGCGUGGUGCGGAGUGAGGAUGCCGUCGCUGAUACCAAUUUAGCUGCGAGUCGGCACACGGCAUCUCGGAUGAUCUCCGUGUUUAGAGAGAUGGAGGAACAGAGACAAAAACAUGACGAACCACAGGGCCCGAAGCCGUUAAAGCGUUUCACCCCCCCACCACCCGGGGAGAACACCCAUACAGGCGACACCACAUCCUCGGAAGAGUACAGCGAGGAAGAAGAUAGCGAGGACGAGGCACGCAGGGCGUAUUAUGAGGCACGUCAGAGGGACGAGGCUCUUCAACAGGCCCAACAAUUAGCUCGUACGAAGAGUUUCCGCGACCGCUUCGAACAUUGGUCCGAGAGCGAACCACAGCGUUCCCCCUCCACUCUCAUCAUAGAGAGGGAUCAAGAGGAAGAUGGAGACUCCCUCGCCACUGCUAAGAGUUUGCGGGAUAAGUUCGAAAAUAUGAAAGUCCAGACGACAACUGUCAACAAGACUUUUGUAACGAAAGUUAAUAGAUUUGUGUGACGCCGUCGCAUCAUAAUAUUUAUUGCCAAAGCCUUCAUAUAAACACUUGCCGUGUGAAAUAGAUAGUCUUUUUAAAUAUAAGUUCUACUUAACCUAUAUUGUAAAGCCAAUGUAUUUAUUGCUAACAAUGCUGUAUUAAAAAUAUAAUUCUUGGGGUUUUUUUUAGGAAAUUUAUAAACGCUGUGUCGGAUUUAAGGUAUACGCUGUGAAGUUUUUGCCGCCUUUGCCAAAACAAAAUAUAGACAAUUGUCAUGUACUAGAUUAUUUUUGCAAUCGUUGUCGUAAAUUUCGUAAUAUAUAUAUAUAUAUUUGAUCACAAAAUUAUACACAAACCAUGCAGUUCGCAGCCUCCAACCAGUAGUUAGACUGACAUGUAUAGGUUGAGAGAAGACGGUAAUACAGUUUCUGCAAUUUCGCUUUUUUUACUCAUACACAAUGUGAGCUGAUGACGCACAGGUCGAUUACUGGGCGGCGAACUAGUUGUUUUACCCUAGAAUACUGAAUUUUACUACACCAAAUGUAGUGACAAGUAAGAGGGGAAAGUCAUCGCCAAAAUUUGUUGCAGACUUCUGUAAAACAUGAUGCAGGCAUUCUAUAAGGUAGCAAAAAAUAUCAGUUCCCAAAUUUGCCGCUCUAGGCUCCAGCCUACUCGUGAAUCCGCCACUAUAUAAACAUACGGAGUAAACACUUUGGUGCCAUUUAAUCUUAUUUAUAGUUUUAAUAUAUGCAUAUUAUUUUCAAUUUGUACUUUAACUAUGUUAUUCAAUAUAUUGGUCUAUAGUUAGUUGAUUAUUGAGAUUAUAAUUUAACCAUUAAUAAGUUUGCAAUUUAGUACUGAAUUUAGGUGUAUAUUAAAAUUUUCGCAUUUGACUGAUAUCAACGUAAUUGUACUUAAAUUAUUUGGGGUUUGAUUACAAUUUUGUAAGAUUUUUUUUAAAAAUAAACGUAUUUAAAUCA